UCAAAGCGCGAGGUGCGGCUGUGCUCCAUUUAGACAUUCGCUUUAGUGUCCAUCGCGUGUGUAGUUUACGAUUAGUUGUUCGUUUAUUUUCCUUUUGCUAAAUCAAUAAUAGUAGCAAUUUAUAUGGAGAGUGCGUUGCUCUUAUACGGCAUCUUGCUGUCAUUGCUUGGACUUAUGUCGGCUCAGCGCCUGCCGAAUAUCGCUUGUCCGCAGUUCUUUGAGUAUCUAUCCUACAAUCAGCAGUUUAUAGGGCACAUUGCUGUACGACAUGACCCUCAAUAUGAGAGCAACGAGCUCGUUGUGGAAUUCUCACAGUACGGAGCUUAUCAAUGGAGCUAUGUUGGAAGCCUUUCACUAAUGGACAACCAAGAAGUCACUAAGUCUCAUAUAGCUAAUGGCGAGCCCAUUAACUAUCGCGUCGACUUCCCCAUACCCAGCGAGCCGCCAAAAUUGACAAAAAUCACUCUCAAUAAUGAGGUGCUCUGCAGUGCACCACAAUAUCUACCACCAAAAACUGAGAUCUCAUUGAGGCAUUCUCUGCUGUCCACAACGGUGCCGCUUACCUUUUUGGACUCGAGACGUAUUCAGAACGCUCCACAGUGGGACUUCAGACCAUCCGUUUCGGCCGUGAAGCAACCGGAUUACAUGAUUCCGGAGAUUCAAGUGCCGGUGCCGAGAACAACUCCCAGGCCACGUCCCGUCAUUCAGCAGCAAACUAAUGUGAACACCAGAGAGAGUCCAAAGCCUGAGCCGAUAGAUCAAACGCUGACUACAGUCUGUGGCCGCGAAAGAGCCGUUACAACGCCUCUCAUUUUCCAGGGAGAGCAGCUGCAGCGGGGCCAGCUGCCCUGGUUGGUUGGUCUCUUCGAGCGUGCGACAGACAAUGGUCUGAUCUUCUUCUGUGGCGGCUCGCUAAUUUCGUCAACGACAGUGCUGUCGGCGGCACAUUGCUUCCGUUUGCCUGGCCGCGAUCUGCCGGCCAACCGCACUGUUGUCUCUCUGGGUCGCAACACCAUCGAUAUCAUUUCGCAGGGCGAACUGCGCGAGGUAACGCAGCUGCUCUUCCAUGAAGCAUACGAACACUUCAGCGCGAAUGCAGACAUGGUGCUCAUCAGACUAGCCAAGAAAAUCAUCUUCAACGAUUAUAUUGUUCCCAUUUGUUUGUGGAACGAGAACUAUGCGCUGCAGCUGCCGUCAGGCUACAAAACGUACGUGGCUGGUUGGGGAGCCGAUGAGAACGGGAACGUCAACACGAAGUACUCGAAAAUCACGGACACAAGCAUUGUGACCGAGUCUGACUGCCUGCGCGAGAGUGUGCGUUCUCUGGUGCAGCCGAACACGAUCUGUGCGAAACGCGUGGGGGCUGGUCCUUGCGCCAGCGAUGGUGGCGGCGGACUGAUGCUGAGAGAAAACAAUAUUUGGCUUCUGCGUGGAGUCAUCUCACUCGGCCUGCAAAAGAACAAUACCUGUGAUCUCACCCGGCCUUCCCUCUACGCAGAUGUGGCCAAGCACAUUACCUGGCUGCGUCAGAACAUGUGGGAAUAGCCAAACUCCAAAUAGUGCCAGAGGUGCAUUUCGCUCAACCUAUGUACUCAGUUCUAAGUCAAAUUCUGCCUGUAAAUAAUUUAUAAAUAAACCAAAUUUUUA